UGUAUAUAGGCAUUUGCAAAUAAUUUAUUUUACUGCUUAUAUAAAAGUUCAAAGCUUUCAUAAAUAAGCGAUGGUAGCCAUGUAUUACCAAGGAGAGGAUGAAUACGGUCAAAAUCCCAAGACACUAUGCGAUUGGGUCAGAAAUUUUCGUUUAAAGAAAUUGCAAAUGAAACGCAAAUUACGUUCGGGUGGUAAUCUUCGUGUAUGCGCCAUUUUAUCAACGGCUUUAAUGAAUGCCGAACUUGAGCUGAGACGCAAGCAGCAAGAGCGUUUCCAACGCUGGUUGGAAUUUCAAACGAAAAUCAAUAAAUCAGCUAUAAAUAAUCAUCAUUCCAAAGAGAAGGCUGAAUCGGUAGUGAUUAUUGACGAUAAUAAUGACAAGUGCCGUAGACAACGCGAAGAAAUUACGAAUUUGUGGAAAUGUGAACUUAGUGAAUUAGAUAAUUUUAUGCGUAGUAUUAGUAGCAGCAGUAGUAAUAAGACUAAUGCAUACGUAAAUGCUUGUGGAGCAGAUGUUUCUGGUGAUCCUACGCAAAAGACUGAAAGUGGGAUAGAAAAUAGCAAACGACAUGUUCAUCCAUCAACUGUUCGAGUGCAAAGUUGAAAAAUCUACAUAUUUAUUGUUCUAAGCUGUUAAAGCCAAAUGUAGAAUUAAUUAUUCCCUAGCCAAGAUAGAAUGAGAUGCGUGCGUGUGCGUGCGUGUGUGUGUGUGUUUGUGUUUGUGUUAUAAUAGUUUUUAUUAUGCAAGCUUUUCCAUUUGCAGUCCCUUGGGAACUGUGUCUACAUUGCCAAUAACCUCUCGGACGGAGCCAUUAUGACGUGGCGUAAAGGAAAUAGAAGAAAAGCACAUCAUGUGUUGAAUAAUGUGGCCAUUUCGAUUCGAUGAUAUAAUGCAGAUCAAUGGGCUUAUAUUUAUGAGGUCAACGACUGAAUGGAAAUUGAAUCGAAGAUUUUACAAAAAAAAAAAUCGUUGUUACCACAAUGAACCAGAUAUACACAGAUGCACAAUUGUAAUGUGAGCAUCAUUUAUAUGUGGAGACACGAGGAGAUGACAUGAAUAUAAACCGUGCAUAUUCUUUGAAGAACUUUUUGCAUAAACCUUGAAUAAAGUGGUUUGGUCACUGAGUGAGUUUCUUUCUGUGUGUACUACUAAAACUUCGGAGUGUACUCGACUCCUUUAUAAAAUUAAACUCCAGCAACAUCCUACAAUACAUAUGUUCUUCAAAAAGUACAAAUUCUACACAAUUAUAAACAAUAAAAGGAUUAAACAUGCCUGAUAAUGAAUUGAUAACCACUGUGGACUACCCAACCAACACGUUGCCUAACGAGGUUGAUGGGCAUCCAAAAGCAAACGAGUGCGCAGAGCGAACAAUGUUAGCUGCUGUGACCGUUUCCAGUGCAGGAUUACUUUAUAUAUGGUAUCAAGUUAUUGCAAAAAGCGAAAUAUGCAUUUUUGAAAAUUUCAGUAUUUCUACAAAAGUGUUAGCUGCGAACAUAGGAUUCUUUCUUGUUCUGCGUUGUUCUGAUUUGUGGGUUGCCUAAAGGAAACUGCUUUAAUUUCGUGACAAUUGUAGUCGGUGUCGCCUUGCGCAUUUAUGAUUAAAAAGCUUCUUGCCGUCGUAAGAUUUCUCUGUUUAUAGUUGUUUAACUUACAAAUUCUAUUGCAGAGCGUUCCGCGGUACUAUCAAAGAGGAUCGUGAUUAUCGUUUAGAGUAUAAAUUUAUUUUGAGAUAUGAGUAUUCUCGUAUUAGACCUGAGUAUUAAUUUUUUUGAAACCCGUUUAUCAGUAGAAUUUUUAAAAAAUUUUAUAGCACUAUGAAGCAGAUGAUCCGUGCCUGCCCAUAGUCUACCAAUGGAGAUUAGUACUACUGGACCUAAAUUGUCAUCAAGCUAAACGCUAUCAGUGUUAAGGUUAGACAACUCUUAUUACAUAUAUAUAUAUAUAUAUGUGUAUAUAUAUAUAUAUAUAUAUAUAUACAUACAUUCAAAUUUCUGGAUGCACUGCGUAUAAUAUCACGUAAAUUGAAGUACUUGUAUCAGUAUAACGAUUUAUAUUCCAUAUUAAUUUUGCAGCGUUUGUUAAACGAGUCCAUUUAAGCUUUAAUAUCAACUUUUGGAAACCAGAGAAAGUAACCAAAAACUUGCUAAGCAUACGUAGACAUAAUUACCAGUAACUUGGGAAUACUACAGUUGCAAAAACUUAGAAAUUUUUUCAAGAAGGCAAGCUACAUACUUAUGAAUUCUAAAUAUGGAAAAUUUCUGUUUUGUAGCCACACAAAAGAAAACAAAAUGAGAUUACGCAAAAAAGGAUUGCAUUACUAUCCUUGGGACUCAGUCAAUGUGAAAUAUUGACAAGCUUUAGUAAAAAGCUAUUCAGGUUUACGAUUGGAAACUUGUCUAGGAUCGCGCAAUUAGAAUGAGCCUAUGCUUAUCCAUUGAUUUGGAUAAUUACCAAGAGAAUAUGAGAUUACGGUGUUCAAGGUAUUAAAUUAUAAAAAGAAAUAUCGAAAAUUGUCUGCAUUUUAGCGUUAUGACGCAGUUGAACGGUGCCUGCGUAUAACUUUCGUAAAACAUAAGCUGGCUUGUGUGUUCGAGUUAAGCGUAAUCGUGUGAACUAAGCAAAUUAAGCGAGAGGACAUUUAACUAAUUCUUGUUCUAUGACUCAAUUUCAACUGGUAUCUGCGUCUAUAGAUUCUUAUAAUAAGAUACAGGCGUAUUUGCCCGCAACUCUCAAGUUGCAAGUCUGCUAGUCAUAUCAAAAGCAAAGAAGUAAGCAAUCAUAACGAAUUUCUUAGAUUAACUGGGUUUUUGCAGGAUUGCAUCGAGUGACUUUAGCACCAGCGUCGCAAUGGAAAAGUUUGUAACGCAGUAUAUAAUUUCAUGUAAAGCUUGCGAGGGCUAGAGAGUGUUGUGACGUUGGGCAUAAUAUACUAGAUUUAACUUACGCUUGUAAACAUUUUCUGAAGGCAAGAUUCUCUUACUUUACAAACGAAAACAGCAAAUUCUAUAAUUUCUAGCGUUGUGACAGUUGAUCCGUAUGUGUGCAUAAUUAAAGCAAUGCAUUCAGCUGUAGAGAGCCCAUUUUAGAAAAAUAAAACUAAGCUAAGCAUCACAGUAAGCGAACGUUGUAAUUUCUCUAAAACUAAACGCGUUCUUACAGGAUGAUUUAUAUUAACGGCCUUCAACUGGUCUUUUUUGCGUAAUGGGAACAUCAACAACGGAUUGUACAUUUAAUGUACGUCUACGACGUGUUUGUAAAACUUUUAUCAUCGAACAUAUAGCUGCUUUUGAAUUUUAGUAAGCCGCCAUGAGAUGUUGUUUUCAAUUAAUUAGUCUUUUUACAGAAUAUUUAUGCAAAAGUACGUACUUCGCAUCUCACUUGAUUAUUGCAACUGUGCUUCGGAUUGAUUUGGGCCACAUAAUAAGCUUCCCUCAUGAUCAAGUCAAGUAUCUAUUGCGCAAUUAGAGUAAGCUGUGAUAAGAAACUUCUAUCAACUAAUCAAGUUCUUACAGAAUUUAUAUAAGACACGAAUGGUUGCAUAUUAUUAUAAUAAACCCUCCAGUUUGUCCAGGCUAUAUUCUAUACGCUUGCUGUGCACGAUCCUAUUCAGUAGUAUCUGAGUAAGACACAUAAAAAAUCGUUUCUAUCAACUAAUGAAGUUUUUACAGAAUUUUACAAAACUUAUGUCGAGUUCAUAGUUAAGCGUAAAAUUAAAGGCAGCUAUAAUCAAAUUCAUCGUAACAGGAACGAGUUUCAUAAACCAAGUAACAAAUUAUAUUGUAUUGAAUAAUUACGUUUUUUUAAAAACAGAAUUGGAAAUUUGCGGAAAUAUUGAACUACAUCAACUCUCAUCUAUCAACAAUACUUGCACUUUUUGCACAUCAAGAAAUAGAGUAGAAGGAUUAAGUAAGAUGCGUAAAGAUUUUAGUGUUAUGGCAACAUUUUUUUUAUAUUCAUUUACGAAAUCUAACGUCGAUGCAGGUGCGCAUGGAUACACACAGUGAAAACCUUUGUACAAUUUAAGAUUUCAUAUGCAAUCAAAAGCAGUUCAAGUUCAUAUUUUAAAAACUUUGCAUGAAGCACUGACAACCUCAAAUCGAAUACUUAUUGUAACCUGUUUUAAAUUAUUUUUAUCACUCAGGUAACAUGUUGGGAUUUCUAAGCAGUACACAUGUUGCUUAAUCCAAUAUAAGCAAGCAUGUUUCUAAAUUAAAUACAUUCUUUUCGAGGAGAACAAUUGAGUAACAGAUAUUUACCUAACAAUUCUCCAGCAACAUGUUGAACUACAUGCAUCUCAUACGCCCUUAGUUGUAUGUUGAUCUUAUUAGUUUGAAUGAGCAAUGUUUUGUGUGAUAUACAUAUCGGUAAAAUUUUUAUGGCAUACAAGACGAAUACUUCUAAUGCAAAACUCAGAAUUAAUUAUUGGAGCGUUAAUGUUGAUAGUAUUAAAACAUUUACGAAUUGUAAAUACGUUAUUCCUGUUUUUGCUUUUGUCAAUGAUAAUUUUACUUGCAGCCUGUGUAGCUAAGAAUUACAAAUAGUGUGUAUUUCGGCUAUAAUAAUUAUCUGUACCCUUAUGAAUUAAUUUAAUCGUCAUAUGGCGGCGAUUAACAGAAAUAUGGGAAAGUAAAGUGUGUGCGUCUAUGGGGAAUUGUCAUAUGGCGAUUAUUCCUUUAAAAUUUUUGCAGUCACCAUAAGGCGGCGAUUGCUGAAGGGUUUCUAUACGUCAAAUGGCGGCGUAUAUCUGUUACUAAAACUAGACGUACGAUAAAAGAUUAAGGCUCACUAGACCGAUGAUUAAAGAAAAGUUGAAUGAGAGGUUUUAGCAGACAUGUCAUUAUCAUGUUCGAGUUUUCAAGUAGCUUCUUCACAAAUUCUGCUUUCUGUGAUUAUCUGAGACGUUGAUAUAAAUGAAAAAAAAA